AUGAAUCUCAUAAACUUGUACACUGGGCUGCUAGUUGCCUUCACCAGCCAAAUCUUUGUUCAUGCAUGGGGCACAGAUACCGAACAAAUCACCUUCAUCACACCAAUCUACGAAGGUGCACUUGCGUCCGACAACCGUGACAAUGAUAUCGCAAUUCUCGAAGGAAUGAAGUCUAUGCUCGGAGUAGGAGGCACCUACGUAAAGCUUGGCUUCUCGUUCUCAUCUUGGUCUCUCAGUCGCGAUAUAACCGAUGCCGACCAAGACUAUGCAUUCAACUCCACCAACUUGGACUACGUUCUGGGCCUAGCAGAGUCUCUGAACCUUCCGGUUCUCAUUCAUGCGAACAAUGGCAGAUGGGCAGAUUGCUGCACGUCUAAUUCUGACGGUGGCUGGAACGACGCGCUCCUCGACCACAUUGCGGCCCAGGGCAACACGACAAUGCAAGACAGUUCUGGAAAGUCUCUCUUCCAACAUGACGGCGGAGGUAACUACUUCUCGCUAUCUCGAUACAACACCUUCUAUCGAGACUACAAGAAGCGGAACGUCCAAGCGUCCAUGACAAGACUAGCCAACUGGGCAAAGCAGCAUAAAGACCUCUUUGUCGGUGUUAGUCUAGACUCCGAGACCAUAUUCCCCUCAGACUCAGCCGACCACAAUCCACUCGCCAUCCAAGAAUGGCGAGAUUGGCUUCAAAAUACAGGACUCUACGGUCCAUCCGGUGACUUUUUCGGACACGGAAGAGUUCCCGCGUUCACCAGCAUCACCGACUUCAACAGCGCCACAGGCCAAACAUUCUCCUCCUGGAGUGCCGUCACACCUCCAAGUUCCAUCACAGCAGGCAAUCCAUUCUCCGAAGAAUGGCAAAGGUUCCGAAUUACCCUCAUUCGGCAUUCCGUCUCAGACGAAACUCUUUGGAUUGCAGAGGCAGGAAUCCCUCGAAACCUGAUAUACGGCCAUCAAACGCCUGGUUUACAAUUCUACGCCUUUGCAGAUGACUUGCCGACUUCAACGGCUGCAAACGGCGCGAGUGGCUACACUGCUUACGGACGAGCGCCCCUCGACUUCGGCAGCGUAGACAACCCCUUACGCGCCGACGGCACCAAUAACUUCGGUUUAUUCGAACUCAACCCCCUUUCAUCAGAUCCCCAGUUUGCAUAUGACACCAUAUUGACGCUGUUCAAUGACGGUGCGAAAGUCAUUUGUCCCAAUGCCUUUGAAAACGUCACAAACAAAGACCAGUAUUCUCUAUUCGACUCCCCAACCACGGGAGAUACAUGGGGCAACGCUCUGGUCAAGUUCUUAAAAGACCACGGAAAUACACCUCGAUACACGCAACCGCCAGGAUGGAACCCCGGCGACCGAGUAUACGACUUAUAUGACAACUUUGACAGCGCAACAAAGUCUGGUCCAGAUAACCGUGUCAAUGUCUCAGGAUCAUCGGGCAACGUGGCUCUGAAAACGGUGUACUCGGCAGUUGGAGGCACUAUUUCCUGGAGUUUCACACUUCCGAGCGUUAGUAAUGGGCGACGACUCAACCUUUGGACCAAGGUCGGCAUUGAUGAUGGAGCUGGCGCCGGAGGCGGUACAGCUACAUGGUUGGCAUCGAUGAACGGCACUCCAUUGUUUGGAAAUGGCGUCGUUCUUGCACCAACAUACUGGGUCUGGAAGCACUGGUUACCCGUCAUGGUUGAUGUGACAGAAUGGGCUGGGAAGCAAGUUACACUCAGUCUGAGCACGACAGGCAAUGACUACUAUGGCUGGACGCAGUGGGCAUCUCCCGCUAUCUACCGGACGUCCGCGAGCAAUAAUAACCUGGCACUUAACAAAGCAGUGAGCGGGAGCUCAAGCGACGGCACAGGGUCAGGCUGGGAUUUAUCCUAUCUUACAGACGGGAAUGUGCAAGGUGGAACAGACGGGCGUAAUGGCUGGUCUUCAGUUUCUCAUGACUCGGCAAGCGCUUCUGAAUGGGUACAGGUUGAUCUUGGUGGCAGUUAUACUGUUGGGAAAGUUGUCCUCCACCCAAGAAGCGACUUGUCUAACAGCGCUGGAACAGGGUUCCCCGUGAAUUUCCAGCUCAAAGGCUCUCUGGACGGGGCGACGUGGACAACAUUGUCGACUCAAGUCGGGUAUCACGGAGUUCAGGCAGGACGAGGUGAAGUCUUGACAUUCCCUUCACACGCAGUUCGCUAUCUCAGAGUGGCCUCAUCUCAGCUCAGUGGCGUAGCUGGAGAAUCGGGAUAUCGUAUGCAAUUCACCGAGCUCGAGGUAUAUAGUUAG